CCCAUGCCUGGGUGGUUCGGGCGCACAGGUUGUGCGUAAGCGCAGAGGGACCAGGUGGCUUGGCUGGGUAUUCAUGUGGAGGUCAGCGCUGCACUGCGAGGUGUGAUUUUCUUGGAAACGCAGGAGCAGGAUUUCAGCAGACCCUGAUGGCAACCAAGAUCUUUGAGACCAUUGGCAAACUUGGCCUGGGGCUGGCAGUUGCUGGUGGAGUUGUCAACUCGGCUCUUUAUAAUGUGGACGCAGGCCAUAGGGCUGUAAUCUUUGACCGAUUCCGAGGCGUCCAGGACAUUGUAGUGGGAGAAGGGACCCAUUUUCUCAUCCCUUGGGUGCAGAAGCCAAUCAUCUUUGACUGCCGCUCUCGCCCGCGCAACGUUCCUGUGAUUACUGGGAGCAAAGAUCUACAGAAUGUGAACAUCACUCUGCGAAUCUUGUUCAGGCCGGUGACUUUACAGCUUCCCCGGAUUUUCACCACUAUCGGCGAGGACUAUGACGAGCGAGUGUUGCCUUCCAUCACUACUGAGAUUCUCAAAUCUGUGGUGGCUCGUUUUGAUGCUGGCGAGUUGAUCACGCAGAGAGAGCUGGUUUCCAGGCAAGUGAGCGAAGACCUCACAGAAAGAGCAGCAACAUUCGGACUCAUCCUAGAUGAUGUUUCCUUGACACAUUUGACAUUUGGGAAAGAGUUCACAGAAGCUGUAGAAAUGAAGCAGGUAGCCCAGCAAGAAGCAGAGAGAGCCAGAUUCAUCGUGGAAAAGGCAGAGCAGCAGAAGAAAGCAGCUAUCAUUUCAGCUGAGGGCGACUCAAAAGCAGCUGAGCUGAUCGCUGUUUCGUUGUCUUCCGUGGGCGACGGCCUGAUCGAAUUGCGCAAACUCGAGGCAGCCGAAGACAUCGCUUACCAGCUCUCGCGGUCCCGCAACAUCACCUACCUGCCAUCGGGACAGUCGGUGUUGCUCCAGCUACCCCAAUGAGUGUCCCGGCUGCCCACGUCCCAGCCCCCUUUUCUACUUUAAAAUAACCAAUUAGCCAAAAGUAAUCACUGAGUUUUCCCAGUUUUGGGGUUGAAAAUACAGGAAAUGAAAAUUUAAAAUGGAUUGAAAAUCCCUUAAUCUAAUAAAGGCAAUCAAUCUUCCACUCACCCUCUAGAAUAUUCCUUUUUAGCAGAUCAGUACUUGGAACAAGAGUUGUGAAGGAAUUGGAAGCUAAGUGGCAUGUGGGAAGGUUGUCCUUACUAAUUUAACGUAGCACAUCGUCUGGACAAAACAUCUAUUUUGAGCAAGACUUUGCCCUAAGAGUUCAUUUUAGGAAAACUCUGGUCCAUAACAUAAGCGCUAAGAUGUCUUUGGUGCGCUGCUGUUUAUGGCAAAGAAGAGGGCAGUUUUUUCUCAGCCCCUUCUUUCCUACCAAAUUCAACAUCGCACAGGGGCGUAUCAGCGUAAGAAGCUGUCUCUACCAGCCUCCGCCUAAUGCCCACGUUGAACUGCCACAGGGCCAGAUUAUAACGGCCAAAAUAGUUUCAGCACUCUGAGAGUAGAAUGUUCUCGCAUGGAAAUACAACUCUUCUGCCCGUCACAUAAAUCUCCUUUCUUGGGAUCAGCUACCCAUCUCCUCCUCAAUGGCUUGUCCAUGCUGAUGUUACCUGUCCUUGCACAGGAAAGGACUGGUCUUGCAAACAGCAGGCUUCUGUUUCACAUUCUCGUCCCAGCUUUAAAAGGGAUACGGCAGGUUUGUUGCACUGAUCGCCUGAUGCCGGCAGCAUUCGCUAGUGUGUUAUCAAGGGUCUUUUAAUUACUUUAAAAGAUGUUCACUUAGCAAUGAGGCUGCGAAAGAUUAAUAUGUAUUAACCAAUAAAUGAACGAAUAAAAUGUCCCUUCUUAA